CAUUCCUAUUGCCGUCGUCUGUUCAAUUUGUGGGACCAAAUCUGUACUUACGCAAGAUAUUAAAAAACCGUCGGUGACAACCAUCGCUGUUGGGAUCCGACCCGACCCGGAAGGAAGUGGGUCCAGAAGGUUGCUUAUCGGGCAUUUCCGGUUUCCCCAACGGAAUACAGGGAGGGUUUUUUGACGAGGUGCUUUGUAAUGGCAGAAUCCCUACUUGACCUUGAACAAGUCCUCCGUUCCAAGCAGGACAAGUUAUCAAGUCAAGAAGCAAACUUUCUUAUGACAUGGAAGGAAAAGACACUUCGACAGCUCGCUGUCGGUGCAGUAGCUGGUGGUGCAAUUGCAUGGUCAGCUACAGGAAAUCUUGAUAAGAUGUUUCGCAUCAACCUUGCAGGAGGAGCUGCUGCUAUUACUUCAAUGUGGAGAUUUAGGAGGUCAAUUUAUUCAUGCAUUGAACAAGUUCUUUGCAUGGAUGGAAGUCGGAUGCAGAAAGAAUUGGCAAAUAUCAUGUUGAAAAGGUAUCCAAAUCAUCCAAUGACUAGAAACCUACUAUCGAAACGUUUCUACUGUGAAAAUGUUUUUGAUGAUUCAACAUCAGACAUGCCAAAAUCAAGGUGGCGUUACCGAAAUAACUUUGUGGAAAGUGCCGCACAUCCCCAACGAGCAGAUAACCAUGAAUCCUAUGGUCAUGAUGCUAACAUUGGUCCAGAACACAAGCCAGUUCCUAUGAAUAAUGGGUUUGUUGCUAUGGAAAACCCUUUCGAUUGUAUUUUUGGAGUCCCACCAAGCGUAGAGGAAAUUCGACGCCCUGUCCCAGCCACACCACCUAGAAGGCAUAGCCGGAAACAUAGAAGAUCCCAGCGCAGGCAUCAGAUCCACGACCGGGAUGAUAUUUUGUAAGCUCAUGCUCAUACACAUAUAUACAUGUUGGUUGUCUGCUGAAUAUGUUGUAAUUCAGUGGGUCAUUCGGUACUUCGGUUCACAACCUGAACCAAUGCAAUCGGCUUGAAUCUUACUAGAGUUGAGAUUGAACCGUGUCAUCCAUUAACUAAAUCAAAAUGGAUUGACUUAAUUUAAUUUUAUACCCAAUUGAAUCCAGUUUUCAGUUGUCU